AUGUGCACACUGGCAGGGGUCCACAUCGAGAGCGUCAACUCGCACGGACAGACGCCCCUCUUCUGCGCUUCCUUCGGCGGAGACAACGAAGUGGUGGCCCUUCUGCUGCGUCUUGGAGCCAACCCCAACAGGAGGUGCGGGGUGAAGGGCGCCACCCCCGUCCACGGCGCCUCCUACCGGGGGUCGAGGAGGGUGUUGAGGCUACUGGUGGAGGCUGGCGGUGACCUCUCCCUCCUGGACAACGAGGACCAGACGCCCAGGGACUACGCACUAAAGCAACCAUCGCCCAUACGUCGUCAAAAGAUUAUUAACUUCCUGGAUCUGCUUCUGGCAAUGACGUUACACCGUUCCUUGGCUCGUACUGCUACCACCACCAACGUUACCCUGCCUCACCCUACCCUGAAUCGUUCUAUCUCCAAGACCAGCCUCGCCCUCAAACGGCAGGGAAGUUUAGCGAGUGUGUGGGGCGCUUGUAUCACCGAGGGGGAUAGUACAUCUCCCCGCUCCCCACCUUACAAGGGGGGCACCUCCACCAAUCUCCAUAAGACCGUGUCAUGCCACUUGCUGGACCAGAUGUAUGUGUCAACGUCCUUGCCCCUCCUUACUCCACCUGACCUCAAACGUCCUGAGGUCACUGGCAUUGCUUAUACGUGUGGUGGACCCACCGUGUACUCCCCCUACACAUGGCUGGGCACUAACGUCACUGUCCGCAGGCCCACUCCCGCACUCUCUCUCCCCAAGGAAAAUGCUCUUAAAGGUGAAGAUAAGAGCUCCCUGGAUCAAGGUGCUUGCAAUUCCUUAGUGCAGGAGCUGUCAGUUCUUCGUCGCCUCCGUCAUCCAGCUUUUCUGGAGGUGAUGGCUGCGUGUCACGUGACAUCUCCGUACCCAGACCACAUCACCCUCGUCUUCCAACAUGUACCCCAUGGCUCCCUCUACCAUCAUCUGCACGUCCAGCACCGAGACCUGAGUGUGGGUGGGGCUGUGGACAUCCUGGUGGGUGUGGUGGAGGCUCUGCUCUUCCUUCAUGCUCAUAAUUGGCUCCACACCGCCCUCUCCUCACAUGCCCUCCAUCUAGUUUCUAUGAACCAUGCCAAGCUUGGAGGGUUUGAGUUUGCUCUAGAGAUGCACGGCAAGGGUUGCAGUAUGAAGGCUCCAGAACUUCUCCGAGCUACAUGGCUCCAUCCCUGGCAGGCUCCGGAGACUCUCAGUGAGCAGAUGGUGUCCACACGCUCAGAGAUCUAUUCCUUCACGGCUAUAAUGUGGGAAAUCUGGUCAGGAAUGCCUCCAUGGUCCGGUGUGGAAGAAGCAGAGGUGUUGCACAGGGUGGGUGCUGGCGAGACUUUGCCUGCUGUGAGUGGAGUUUCACCUUCCCUUGUCACUUACCUCACUCAGUACGGUCUCAAGUGGAACUCUCACGAGAGGGAACUUGACCUUCAGGAGAUCCACACAAUGCUACGGUCACUUAGGAUUCAGUCCAAUGAGGAGGAUCGUGUGCCAGCUGUUCCAGCAUGGGGUCCACCAUCCAUACCCAACACACCAGUUAUUGGCAGACACACAUCACAGACCUCAGCCAACACCUCUCCUCUCUCAAAAAGAAAACCAUCUGUCAGUAAUCAGAACUCUUCAAGCGAGUCUUAUAACAACCGGAAAUAUAGUUCUGGGUCUCUUUCAAGCCAUCCAGAAAUCUCUAGUGACUAUAAUAACAAACUGAUGAGAACAAAAGGUUCGAGAAAAGAUUCCAGUUCAGCCACACAGAUGGUGGUAUCCAGCGAGGUGCACCACAGUAAAUCUUCCACUGCAUCUGGUCGUCCUGCACGUUCACCUCCUGAACGACACGCUGAAGGGCUACAAAAGUCUCCUAAUGUUACACUAGAGGAUAAGACAGAUGGCGGUAUGCCCAGGGUGGUGCCUGGUGUGCCAGGAAAUGCCAAAGGAAUGGUAACUAGCGUGGAUAGUGGAUUCUCAACACCAUGUACCCGCACACCGAGCCCUACCUUGGACACCAUAACCAGUGCCAAAAUUAAUCCAUCAUUUAUAACAUCAACUCCUGCUCGACCACCAACUACAUCAGUGUUACGAGUGGAUCUCCAACCAGACCUUCUUCCUAACAAAGUCAACAUUAAGUCACUAAAAAAUGGACAGACCCCUGACAUACUUUCCCGAGGGCAUUUAGAGUGUGGUAAAGGAGGGUGUAGGAACCAGGAAGGACAGGUAUUCCAUAGAAACUCUACAUCAACAUCUGUUCCACCUCUGCUGUCUCCCAUCAUGCCAGUCACAGAUUCUGACCACUCUCGUACAAGUUCCCCAACAGAUGAAGAACAAGCGUCUGGCUAUGGAUACAUCUCUAAUGCAGCCAAGAGAGCCUUUUUAAUAGAGAGUGAUGGAGGCGAUGAAGGAUCUCCCACAAUGCCAGAACGUCCCUCAAGUGCCUCCAGACUUGAUCGAAAUGACGUCCAGAGUCAAGUGACAGACGUCCUCCGAAGAAAUGAGGUGGUCCGUCGUGGACUGAGCAUGACUAACAUCAACUCACCAAGCCUUGCCACCAGCACCAGUGUCACAAGGACUACUUCCCAUGUGUCCCUGACCAGUGCUUCAUCCAGUGCCAGUAGUGACAUCAGCGGACGGCGGCCCGUUCGUACCGUCAGUCAGAUUACUCUCACUCUUAGAAAGUUAUCACAAGUCUCAGACUCCUCCUCCAGUAAGGAUGAUAUGAAUGAACCCCAGCAAGAACAGCAGGCCCGUACACGAAGAUCCCGCUCUGCUCCUAAGAGUCCAGCACACUCUGCCAGAAGUAGUAAAAAGGAGGUGAAUAGUGGAUGGGAGGAGAUCACUGGUAUUAAGCCAGCCAGUCACCAGCUGACCCGCCAUUCAUCCUCUUGCUCAUUAGCCAGUGGUCCAUCCAGCCCCACACACUACAGUGGCAGCUCCUCUACAUCCUGGCAGCAUAGCAAUACUAUUGGUCCAUGUGUUAGACCAUCGUCCAAUCAGGGCUCACCAUCUCGCUCUCCUACCAGUGGAGGCACUAAGCAGGCAGGUGUAGGGCGACGAUGGAACAGCAUUAGCGGCACUUCAGCUGGACUUGGGGAUUCAGCCGUUAAGAUACAGACACGACGACACUCGGAGGGCCAAAGAACACGACCUCGCAAGAGCAAACGCCGACAAGAGGUGGAGGUUGAGGAGGAGUUUUUUGAUGACGAGUUCAACGCAUUAUUGUUCCAGCAACCACACAUGCAGCUAUCGGUAGGAUCCUCCGAGAAUCUCCUGGAUAGCCGGGCACCGCACUCCAUGCUUGCGGAUGGAUCAGCAUCUCCAGUCAGUUUAGGUUUCAGUAGCUUCUCUCCGAGCCUUACAAGUAGCGAAGACGAGGAAGACGAGGCGGAGCUGGAGGACGGAGCAUUGAAAGUGGCUGGCAGAACACGCUGGAGACUUGGAGCUGUUGUUGAAAAUGGUAACUCUGAGGAAGAUGAAGAAGAGGGUAAGGUGCAAGCGCUUACGGAAACCUUGAAGAGUUGUGUUACUACGGAAGAUGUCAAGAUGCCAAUAGUCAGUGAAAAUGAACAUACCAGUGAUAAUGAUGAUGCAAACAGUGGUCCAUGGAGGUAUAAGGAAUUUAAUAAAGAAUAUGAACCUUUGAAAAGUGUUCAGCUCCUUAGAAAUCUUGAAAAGACUCUUAGUACCUAUCUUCCCACUUAUUCCAUCGGGAGCGAUACUGAAACUGGGGAACCUUGAUACUGCAACCUCUAAUGAGCUGUGUUUACCAUUAUAAUAAUAUCCUUUGGGAUAAGUGGUGCAUUUAUUCCUGCAUUUAUCAUAAUGAAUGCAAACAUAUCAUGUCGUGUUGACCGGUUGUGUUGUAGCAAUGCCAUCAUAAUGUAUUUUUGUUUGGUUUUGCAUAAUGUAUAUAUUCACGUAUCAUGAGGUCACAAUCCAUUUGUAUGUCUACAUUCCAUGUUAGUUUCUGAGUAUCAUGUAAGAAGUAUUUAGGUAGCUGCUGUUGUUCCCGAGAUGAUAAAUAUCCCAGUAAAGGAAACAUCAGAGUGACUUAUAAAUGCAAGGCUUUUGAGCAAUCAAAGCUAAUUACUGUUCAGCUUUUUAAAAAAUUGUGACAUAGGUAAUUGCUUCUUCAACUGCUUUGCUUCUCUCUGUCUAUAGGCAAUUUGUUAUGAAAAAGAACUUCUUGCCUGCAUUGGGAAAAGGUUAGGGCUUCAUCCUAAAGUAUGCAGUCAGUGAUUUUUGUUUUAUUUUUUAUUUUAUUGUUAUUUUUUUGUUAUAUGAAUACAUGUUCUUUUGACUGUACUUAGCAGCUGUGCUAUGUGCUGUAGAUAGUCCUCUUUACCAAAGACAAUUAGUGGUGUAUGGAAAUUUAGGUACCCGGUAACUUUAGAGUUUGCUGUAGUCGGACAGCUUUUGAGUGAUUCUCACAGUGUGCAGACAGAAUAUUGUAUUAAGAAUUACUACAAAGUAAAUACUUUAUACAACAAAUUUUAAUACUGGUGAAUUGAUUUUGUUAAUUUUUAGUUGUUUAAUGCUUCAGGAUGGGAAUUAUUUUGGCUUUAGAAUACCAGUGACAAAAAAAAUUAUGUUUGAAUAUUGAAAAGUUACAGAUUGAUGUAGAAUCACAUCGUCUUCUGUUCCAUUGGCUGCCAGAGCAGUGUUGAUCAUCGGGAUAUGUAAUAAAAAGUUCAGAACAA